AGUCUGCUAGUCUCCUACCAAUACAUUUUUUUUUUACUGAAAAAAAAAGUGAAAUCGAGUUAUUUUUACACAUCUUAACAGGUGGCGGCAAUGGAGGUUGUGGACGGAAAUGCAGCAAUGCUUAGCAACUAUGAGGUUUACUCUCUUCUGACUGAGCUUCAGUCGAAAAGCAGUCAACAGAAGAAGCCCAGUAAAACACAGCAGAACUUGGCUACAAUCUCUUACGAGACCUCCAAGUACCUAGAGAAUACGCCUUGUAAAGAUCAGAAUGCAACAUGCAUCAAGAAGUUCAUGACAUCAGUAGAACAGUUCAACAUUACCAAGCGAGCCCCAGCCCCAGCCCCUGCACCGCCACGCACCAUGGCCAAUCCCCCAGCCCCUGUGGCCCAGCGAGCUCCCGUCCCAGCCCAGGCCCAGCCCAGUGCAAUGGCGCCCUCUCGUGGGCCCGGGUUGUUAGGCCAGAUGGCUGCCACUGCUGGCGGUGUUGCCAUUGGGUCUGCUGUGGGUCAUACAAUUGGUGCAGCCAUGACAGGCGGUCAUGGGCAGCAACAACCUGACGUCACUUAUCAGGAACAACCCCCGAUGCAACAACAGCAACCCUACCAGCAACCCUACCAGCAGCAGCAGGACUCGCUGCAGGGUGGAGGCUGCCGCUACGAGCUGCAGCAGUUCUUGAACUGUGCCCAGAGCCAGCACGACAUCACGCUGUGCGAGGGUUUCAACGAGGCGCUCAAGCAGUGCAAGGUAUCGCAUGGUAUUCAGUGACGAUGCAUCAAACCAGGCCAACUACAAAUGCAUUCAAGCCAUGAAAGACCCUCAGAUUUAUUCAUCUUCCAAGCUGCAGAUAAGUUUACAAAUUUCUCCGACAGAAACUUUUAUUUCCAAGGCAGUAAAUUUAAGACAAACAUCGUUUUACUAUACUUUGAAUAGAGGCAUGGUUUAACAGCAAUGCAGAAUGGCUGAUGUAUACAUUUAGUUUGCAUGACAUGUAAUGAAGAAUUUCUCUCAACGAUAAGAUUUUUCCCCACUUUUUGGUUUUGGUUUUUUUUAGGGGGGGGUUUGAAGAAUGAAUGUUCCAAUAUAAGCAAGUUUUUUACAGGAAUGUUUUGCAGAAAUAAAGUGUAUGUUUGGCAGUUUUCAUCAGAAUCUACAUAAUAUUUAAAAACUUUUUACAUAAAAAAAUAUACACCCCACAUGAAAUUAGUGAACUUUAUAAUUGCCACUGAUUGCAGUUUUUAUUAUUUAUCUCGGAAUGUGUGUGAUAUUUUGGAGUUUAAGAGAUUAUUUUCGAUUGCGCAAAUUUACAUAAUUAUUUUGUUUUCAAGUAGUACACUGUAUUUAACUACAUCCAUAUCUGCACAGAAAUAGAUUUUUUAUGCAUUCAGUAACGUUAUGGUUACAUGUACAAUAACAUUUUAGCAUUUCGAUGUUCUACAAUGAAUCUCCAAAGAAAAGAAAAUGUACGACAGCAAAAUAUCCAACAAUUUUGGCAAAUUUUGAUGCUGAACUAGCUGUUACAUUGAGUUUUCUGCAUGAAAUGACGUCACACUUUUCUCUCAGGAAUAUACAUAUUGCAUUAGUAUAAUAACCAAAAGGCACCAAAAUUCCCUUAAAAAUUGCAAAAUGAAAAUUGAAAAAGAUCACAAAGGUGCAUUUCCAAGGAUUGCAUUCAACAUAUUGCAUUACAUGGGCCCUUUAAACAAGUCUAACUCACAAGUGACAGUCAGUCAGUGAAAAAGUGAAAAAGGUAUAAAAAGCACUGUCGGCUGACCAGCAAAGAAGAGAAAAAGAAGAGACAAGUAGUUUCAGAGAAUUUUCCAAAUAUAUUGAAACUCUACUUGCAGUUCAGGCGAAACAAACAAUCCAUAGACAAUAUCGUUAUCAUCCAUGCUUGCUUUAACCUACCCGCAGAUGUUUUCUGAGGUAAUUUAAUCGGCACAAUUUAUCAUUAUUGCAGAUAAGAAAGAUAGUGGACAAUGUACAACCACAAAAUGGGGAAAAGCUCUAAAGGCCAUUUGUUCAUCUUCUAUUCUGUCGCUAAUUUCCCUUUUUUUUUUUUACUUUGAUCCAUUUGUUUCGUUAUUUUGUUUUUCUAAGGAAAUUGAUAAGGAAAUCCUAUCAGAAUGUUUUUGCCGUUUUGUAAUUAACCUAGAUUUGCAUUAUGGAGACCACCUGGUUCAACAGACACUGUUUAAAAUUCUUGUAUUCUGCGUGUAUUGUGUGCUGUUUGAAAUAAAACCAAGUGAUAUUUUUAAUGAUAGAAAUAUA